UCGUGACAGCGGAACGCGCGUCUCAGGGACGCUUCCGGCGAGGGAAGAUGGCUGCGGCCAUGCAGGACUCACGUGCGAGUGCGGGGAAGAAGCUGAAGAAUUCUCUGAAGAAGAAGAAGAUCAAAGUAUUAGCCAGGGUUGUAACUUCGGAGGUGGAAGAUAAGGACAGAGACGCUGCCGCUACUGGAGGUUCUGUAAAAAGCUAUGGAUCGGAAAAGGAUCACUCUUCUGAUGAUGAUGAAGCAAUAGAAGCUGACAAUGAGGAGGAAGUUGAACCCUGUGACGAUUACAGUAAAAAUGCUGCAGAAUCCAGUGCUGGAACUAAUGCUGGCUGGGCGGAUGCCAUGGCUAAAAUCCUUAACAAAAAAACUCCUAAAAGUAAGCCCACCAUUCUGGUCAAAAACAAAGAGCUGGAAAAGGAAAAAGAGAAGCUAAAGCAGGAGAGACUGGAGAAAAGAGCACAGCUUGAUAAGAAGCGGGAAUGGGAAAUGAUGUGCAGAGUGAAGCCAGAUGUUGUCAGAGACAAAGAAACCGAGAGAAAUCUUCAGAGAAUUGCAACAAGAGGAGUGGUGCAGUUAUUCAAUGCUGUCCAGAAGCAUCAAAAGAACGUGGAUGAGAAAGUGAAAGAGGCCGGGGGCUCUGUGAGAAAGCGUGCUAAGUUGAUAUCAACUGUCUCCAAGAAAGAUUUCAUCAGUGUUCUGAGAGGGAUGGAUGGUGAGAAAAGUUCACCUGGGAAAAGCCCAAAAGCCAAACAGAGUGCAGUGGAAGCAGAAGAGGGUCCAGGAUGGACGAUCCUCCGGGAUGACUUCAUGAUGGGAGCGUCCAUGAAGGACUGGGACAAGGAAAGUGACGAGCCAGACCACAGCUGACCAGGGCCUGCCAGCGACCUGGACAUGUGAUGACAUGUGAUGACCUGGACAUGUAAUUUUUUCAUAGAAAAAAAUACUUCGUGCUCCAACAUGAAGGACACUGUUUGUAAGAAAGCCAAAGACUUCUACUGUUACCAGCUUUCAUGUUUCCCUGUUUUCACAUAAACUCUGUUAAAUUUAUAUUUUCAAACUUUGUAUAGUUGUAAGCAUUGUUCCUCAAAACAGUUGUAAAAAGAAACAUUUCUGCUGGGCCAAUGAGAUGGGCAUUUUGCCGGGUCGUUAACAGGUUUACAUGAGGGUCGUGGACAUGGUUUGUUCUGAUAUCACCUGUGUUUCUUGAAUGCAAUAGCAAUUCAUAGUGAACAUGAACUCAAUCUAGUACGUUUUAUCUUGCAGCUACUGACCUAUAUGUGUGUGGGGUUUUGUGGGGCAAGAGUUGGUUGUUUUGGUGAACUUUUGAGAAAAACUUGUGUAGUAAACUUUUAAAUUAUAGUGUUUGUGAUUUUGGAUUUAUUUUUAGAUAUUUUGGCAAACAGGAUUUAAGAAACAUACCAAAUCUCUAUUUUAUAUUACUUCCUUUUCUGUGCUAAAUAAUACGUAUAGAUAAAGUCUUAGAUUUAUUUUAAGUUUAGGUUAUUUUAGCAUGUGAGAUUUACUGAGGUGGAAAUGCUCAUGUUCAACUUCUGCGAUGAGGCAUGAUCUGUUGGGAAGUAUAUUUUACAAGUUUUAGUCUCCUUUUUCCCCCUCCCUAAAUAUCUGAGUCAGCUUAGCUCUCCCGUGUGCACUGAUGGGGAAGGGCGGGGGGUGGGGGGGGGCAGCAGGUAGUUUGCAGCAGAAUGCCACCUCUGCGGUGAGAUUGAUGCCCUCACCUCCGGGUUCAAGAUUUUUCAGUCAGGUGAUUUUUGGUGUCUAGCUGUUAAACAAUUAAACAAAAGAGAAGAGGAAGUAAUUUAAUAUCAUUCUAAAAUGUCUGUGAAACUGGACCUCCUAUCUGAAGUUUAUAGGAGAAUGAUUUAACAUUUGGGAUCUGUUGCCUUCUUCAAGCUCCUUCCCUCUCUACAGCUUGCUGUAGUAAGAAUGCUCCCUCCUAGUGCCCACCCGCACAUACUUCCAUCUGUUAGGUAUUGCGAGGUAGCCCUCUCCCCAGCCCUGUGCUAGCAGAGAUGUUUAUGUCUUCAAAUCCAUCUGAGUAUUACAAGUGUUAAAUAACUGAAGUUAAAUUAGCCCACAGCCUGGUAUUUGUGACCAUAAAGGAAGGUGCCCUUCUAAGUUAUCAAGUGAUCAAACCAGCAGAACUCAAAACGCAUGUUUGUAUUGACCCCAGCUUUUGAACUUUUGAGUCUUACUGAAUUAUGGAACUGCCAUUCUUUCGGUGUAAUAUAAAUAAACGUGAGCAGGUUCCUCGGUAGUGAUACGGGAGCGCCGAAUACCCCAGUGUAACUGAAUACAGAUAUUUCUAUAUAAGCCAACAUGUAGAUAAUUUUGUAAAGAAUUAUUUGUAGCACUUAAAAACGUUUUUUUCCUCCCCCAAAUUAAAGAUACUUUAUUUUUUGCUAUGAAUCUAUGUCUGGAUCAUACUAAAACUUUACUAAAAUUCCGCUGAAUAGAACAUUUGAGUGGUAGGAAUGGGUGAAUCACUUCUCAUUUAUGAAAAGUUGUUUUAAAAUAUAUUCAUUGUAUAAUCCUUGGUUUAAACAUUUUUUAAAAAUUGAACAGUUUUCAAAAUGAAAGUAAGGAAGAGAAUGUUCAAACAUAUUUUCUCCUUUCAAAAAUUAUUUUAUUCCAAAAUAAAACUUGAGUUGCCAGUAUAAGAAAAAAAAUCUCUAUGUUUGAUGACUGUGUGUAUAUAUAUAUAUACACACACACACACACACACACACACACACACACACUGCAUGAAACAGUUUUUAACCAUAAAGCUGUGAUUAGUUUGUAUUAUUUCUACAUCCUGAUUAUAAAAGUUUUAAGCAAAAUACCACCACUUAUAAAUAAGCAUCUAAAGAUGAGCACAUAAUUGUAGACUAAAUGACUCUCCUCAACUGAACAUUUUAAAUAAUGUAGCUCUGUCACCUUUACCCUAAAUAUUUUAUUGACAUUAAAUUCACUAAUAUCAAUCAGAUGAAUAAUUUCAUCUUCCUAUUUUGUCUUUGUGUUCUUUAAGGAGGAGGGAAAAAAGAAUUGCAUCCCCCAUUUGCCUAAAUAUAAAAAUAUUGGGGUUUUAUUUUUGGUGGCUAUUUCAGGUAACAGGCUAAUGAAGAGGUUAUUUUUAUUUGUUUAGAAGGAACUAGGGAAAAUAACUACCAGCUUGCUAGUUCCUGGGUAUUAUAUUCCCUUACCUGGCUGUUUAGAUGGCUGGGCAGAUGCUUAGUGUUGAGCACUAAGUCAAAGUCAAAGAUAAUACUGUUUAGGGCUGAAAGCAAUUUAGGAACAUCUUGGUCGUUGAGCUCAGCACUUUACAUGUAACUGGAGCAUGAAUUAAUUACCUAGAAUUCUGCAGAGAUCAAGGUUUAUUCUACUCAUUGGAAAUCACUUCUUGGAAUCCCCAUGGAUGGAAUAGUUUGAGACUCACUUUCAGAACAUAGGCUGUAAAAUGAUUCAGUAAGAGUUUCUGGGAGGUUUAUCUGGGGAUAAAGUCAAGUUCUUAAAAAUAUUUUGUCUUUUGUAACAAGUGGGUGAGAAGAGAAAGUUUAAAUCUGGAAAACAGGGCUUUUCAGUGUGUUUUUAGUGCAUAGGAAUGUACCUAAUAUUCAGCGGCCACCCCCAUAUUAAUCCUGAUACCUGUACCAGUCUCGAGGACAUGGGAGCACAGAGCUUCAUUCAAAAGCUCUGUGCCUCCAGUUUCUAGAUGCCUCAGUAAGCCCUGAGGUUGAAGUGUGAAGGGACAAGCUGAAGACAUAAGCUGUGUUAAAGGACUCAUGAUAUUUAAGAAAAGGACUGUCAAGGAAUCUCCAAAGAAUAUAAGUAUUUCUAUAAAAGAGAUAGUAGAAAAUGAAAUCAGUAAGUUGGCACUUUUGCAACCUUUGGAUAACUUUUCUCUUUGUAUGUACUUGUGUUUUGUUAUUUCAUUAUAGGUUUUUGGUAACAUUAGGUACGGGGGGCUUGAGCCCUAGUUGGGAUGGGAUACAAGUUUAGCUUUUUAAUGACUACGGUGCCAUCACUGUGUGAAUUACAUGGGCAUAUUUGUGCCACAUGAAUUUCACUUUUUCAACCAACAUUUGAAAAUUCAGUAAAUAUAUUAGUUAACCAUUUGCAAUUUCUUUUUUUUUUUUUAAAGAUUUAUUCAGGCAUACAAGAACGGGGUACAGGCCAGAUGUGCAGGAGGGUGAGAGGAUUCACCAGAGACAGAGCGGGGAACAGAACAGGCAGACUGACUGAAAUACACUGCUGAGGGAGCAGUGGGCAAGACAGGAGAGGUCUGCUGCGCCAUGUGGGUAUCUCCCCGGCCGGCCGGAUCGAACCCGCACUGCAGAGGCUGUGGACAGCUUCACAGUGCUGCGCUCAACCACCUGCGCCACCAGGGAAGCCCCAUUUGCGAUUUCUUAAGGAAGCGUGUGUGUGUAUGUGUAUGUGUGUGUGUGUUUCUCAUACUUCAGGAGGGUGGAAAACCAAACUCUGGGUGCCUUCGCUGCUAAGGGUCCUUUUCCUGCUGUGUGCACAGCUGAUCCUGCGCUAUCAGUGUCCCUUCCUACAUGCCACUGGUCCCAUUCACCAGAGCUCCACCCUCAGGACCUAGUUACCUCUCAAAGAGUUUACCUCUAAAAUACCAUCACUUUGCAAUUUAGGGCUCCCAAAUAUGAUUGGGGGGGGGGCAUACAUUCAUUCAGUCCACAGCAGCAUAUAAAAUAGCAAAUAGUACAUUUCUACUGUAUGUGUAGAGCACCUUCAGCCACUGUUGUUUCUUAACUUUCCCAACAUAAUUAUAUACAAAGUAAACCAUGUACCUUGAGUUAAUAAAGCACCCAUUCCAGAAACUGCUAGAAUCAUUUGAGUAAUGAUACUGCUUAUAACAAAAUUAUCACUUUCCUCCUGUAAAGGCCAAAAUGUUGAAUCUCUUCCUUUUUUAGAGUUUCUGCAGUAAGACCUCAUGGUAUGAUUUGGAUAGUGUGGCAAUUUGGUAUCACAGUGAUAAUUUGAACUAAAUCAGAUUAUCUGCCAGGACUUUAAAAAUAUUUGCUAAAGAUAACCUUUUAAAAGUUAAAAUGAAAGCUAAAUUAGUAUGUUAGAAUAAUGAAACUCAUCCAAAGCUGUGGACAGAUGAAUUGGUUGGUGUGCUAUCUAUAGGUUAACUGUGGGGGGAGAGGGGUGUUUUUCAGUGAGGGAAGAAAAUUCAGGUGGCUCUUUCCUACAGCUCAUCCGUGGGGAUCUCUGUGACAGACAGCCCUGUCCCCUGGUGUGUGAGUGAUAGGCCUACUCAGUCAGGCCCUGCAGAAGUUAUGAGUACGAAGACUAUUUGAGGUGAAUUGGCAGUAUGAACACAUUUUGGAAACAGGAGAGAGAACGACUCCAUGCCUACAAAAAGCUCUCUCAUUCCUUCCCCAAGAAAACAGGAGUCUGAACUUUGGCCAGCUGGAGAGAUGAAUCUUACUGACUCCUGCAGCAAAGGUAGGCCUGGUGAACAUUUUUGCCGGCUGAGCUUUUCUGAAACUUGAUGAAAUGUAUUAAUCGAGAGGACCUCUGAGCAGAUUUGGAAGUAGAAUGGUGUUUGAGGAGCCGAUAAAACAUUUAGAAUCAGUGACUGGUGUUUCACAAAAGGCUAAGCAUUGUUCUGAACCAAAUCAGAAUGUUAAAGAUUGACGAUACAUUCUAACAAUCCUUAAAUAAUUUUAGUUUCUCCAGAGAGUGCUUACCAGCUUAGAGUAUCCCAUUCAUAUUUUUUAUCUAGUCUACUAAGCAUGAUUUCAGAAAGUUAGGAUGGGUUUUUUAUCUUGAUGUGUGAUGAACCUUGUGUUCAAAAGACAUGCCCCAGAGACCGUCACAGCAUGUUUUAUUGAGUGUCUAGUCCUGUGUGGUCACCUCACUCUUCUUGAUCUCCUUCCUCAAUAGCACAAGUAUGUAUUAAUUUCAGAUGCUCUUAGAUUUUCAUCUGAGUAAGUAAGCAAGGAUUCUAUUAGAAGAAUGGCUGUAAUUCCUUAUAAUUUUAGUUUCUAAGUCCCAUGAUGAUGGCACUCCAUGAUGAUGGGCGUGUUUUAUUUCUCUACUGGCCAUUGUAGCAUUUCAAAUGUGGCUAGUGAUGCAGAGGAAGUGAAUUUUUAACUAAAUUUUCAUUGGUGACCUGCCUAAUACGAAGAGAAAAAAAUUGCAAAGCAU